GAAUUAAAUUCGGCGGUGGCUUCAAUGCUUUCGGACAUGCAUCGAUAAGGUGGAGCGCUGAAAAGUUUGCUGUUCGGCAGGGCAUGGGCCCCGGCCCCUGAUGUUUUCCCCAUUCAUCAGGCCUUCAGGCCUGGGUAGUGAGCCACUCAUCCCCACAUCGAGCAGGCAACCAGAAAUUUCCUUACAAGGAAAAAUAAUAAAAAGUGUUGAGACGCAAUCGAGUCUUCGUCUUACUCUUUUACCUUCCCCGCUAACCGAGUGGCUCAUCCCUUAUGCUCAGACUAACGCACACGAUUGCUUUACGCUUUUUGCCUUUAAAGGCAGAAAUGCGCGCUGCAGAAAAACAAUCGUAUUCGAAAUCCACAGCACACCUAGUGGUUCAAAAGAAGCGGGAGAAAUGUGUGGACUGACCACAACACACGCACCAUUGUUUCAUUCCAGGGAUUUAAACCCACUUUGCAGAUCAUUGACAAUCGUUUCUCUUCUCUCCAACACUAUUCCAAAAUGCCUGCUACAGGACGUAACUCAGUACGCUUGCAGCCUACCUCACUUCUGUUGUCUUGUGCUCAUGACAAUUUCUCUACAGAAGGCUGUUGAAUGCUCUGUCUGCCGCAAGGUUAUUAGCCGCAAGGCCGAUCUUCCUAGACACAUGCGUACUCACGCUGAAAACAAGGAGGCCCUUAUGCACGCAUGCCCAUAUGAUGGCUGCGAUUACAGGACCCUCCAGAAGUCUAACGUCCAAACGCACAUCAGGACCCACACCCGUGAGCGCUCAAAGACGUGCCCUCACCCUGAGUGCCCCUUUUGCACCACCGACCCAGGAAGCCUGACGCGCCACCGCAAGUCAGAACACGGCUACAAGCCCAAAGCGCGUCGCAUUCCUGACGACAAAGCUGCUCGAAAGGACGCCGCCGCACCUUACCCCCCAACCACUCGAAUUGCGAAACCAGAGGUCUCACGCCCUGCGGUGCGCUCUCGCCAUCCGAGUCCAGCGACUCCCAAUUCUCGGGCGAGUUCACGGUACUCACCUUGGACCGACUCGUCCCCAAUCUCUCUGCGGAGAAGUCCAUCUCCAUAUGUGGUCAGCCCUCUCAGCUCCCCGUCCCCACCCCGAACUACUUCCAACCUUCAACCGUCCCCACCGAUCUCUCCACUGUCCACAUCGAGCCGCAGUUACUCUCCGAUACCGCGCGGCCGCACGUUCACGAUUUCGGAUUACUCUCUCAGUCCCAGCCCAUCUCCUAUGAGGACUUACAGCCCGUCUCCGGAACCGAUGUGAACAACAAAUUACCAGUUGAACUGGAGGAACUCUCACAAAAAUAUGGCUCGGGGUCUUUUGAAGGCCGCUGCGAGUACCCUAAAAAUGCACUGUAUUCGAUGGCAGAGCCCUCGUUUACAAACGAACACAACGUUGUAUUAAAAUCUUCGUUCUCACCUUUCAUGCUGUUGUCAAAUUACUUGUGCAUCAGCAUCAUAAUUGCAGGUGGAAGUUGGAAUUAUCAUUAUUGGGCAUUUAUUUACAUCACACCACUUGCAUCUUUUGUACAUACUAUCACCUUGAAAUCACAGGAUGUACCAGCGUACACGAAUCUCAUGACUACAAAUUAAUAUAUUCUUUUGAACCUGAACGCGACUAUCAGAUCACGUGGCUCCAAAA